AUGUCUCAUUCCAAGCAGCCCAGGAGCCAAGGGAAGAGGAAAGACGGCAAGAAUAGGCCCAGAGGAGGAGCAGAGAGCUCCAUAGGAGACCCUUUCGCUCUCUCGGAAGAGCGUCUGGUGUCGCUUGAUUUGGAGAGCGGUUUCAAUCAACGAAGGGACUACUCUGAAGCAUGCCGCGAGCUCUCUCUCCUGCUCCGCCUCUGCUACUCCCUCGCUCCCAAGCCCGUGCAAUCCCACCUCUACUCCCUCGCCCAACAAGCCAUUGCCAACCUCCCCUGCAUGGACGGCGCUCUGCACAGGUCAGCAGCGCGCCAGCUCAUCCAGGCGUGUCAGGCGGCGCUGCCACGUCAGCGCAAGCAAGCGGUUACCGCCGAGUACAAGCGACUCUGCGUCAUGCUCGCUCGGGCGGAGAAGAAAUCCGAGAGUGCAGUCGAAGAGGAGAGCGAGGAAGAAGAAGGGGGGGAGGAGCAGCAACAGCAAGAAGCAAAUGAUUCCACUGGAAGCUCCACCAAACAGGGUUUCCAGCCCUUGAACUUUGAAAGAUCUUCCAGCAUGCCUCCUUGUAUCCCCACCUCUCAAGCAUGCUCUCUCACUUCUUAUCCUCCGUCUCUCCCUCCUCUACGGUCUGACAUCUUGCACCUCCUCUUCUCUCACCUUGACCCUUUCUCGCUUGCCCGAGCCUCUGCUGUUUGCUCCCACUGGAGGGACAUUGCAGCUGCUUGCCUCGUUUCCGUACCUGCUGCCGAUGCCCGGGAGAGCAGGAGUGGGAAGGGCCGGUCCGGAGGGGAGGUGCAGGAGAGACAGAGGCCGUUGUGGCGAGAGUUUGUUUCUCGGUGUGCACAGGGCUCUUCACUGUCCUCUUUACAGUCCAACCGGGUCUUGGUGCUUCUGGAAAGGAAAAAGGAGCUGGAGCCUGUUGCGGGAGCAGCAUGGCUGGUGGUUCUUCUGCUGGAGCUGGAAGGGCGGGUAAAAAUGCAGCAGCACGUGUGGAAACUUGCCGGAACAGCAAAGGUUGUGGCAUCCCUAUCUGACGAGUUUGAGGGGGAGGAGUCCAGUGACGAGGAUGGUGCUGGAGUAGGUAGAACUGGUUACCACUCCAACGCAUCUACUGUCUCACGGUUUUGGUGGGACUUUCAUUCUAAUGCAGCAAUUUAUUGGUGA